GGAAUUUCUACUUUCAGAGACAUGCACAAGGCUUUAACACACACACAAUGCUACAAGCUUGAGUAGGACAAGAGAGAUAAGUUUAUUUAAAUCUUGACAUGAAGUCAAAGCUUGGGCUGAUUUAUACUUUGCUUGUUCACGCAGAGUUCUGGAGUCUCACAUGUACACAAAAUAAUAUCAAUUGGGAAAUUCAGCGCUAUGAUGGUUGGUAUAACAAUCUUGUUCAUCAUAAAAGAGGAUCAGCAGGUUAUAGACUUCUGCGUCUUUUGCCAUGUGCUUAUUCUGAUGGGGUAUAUCAAGCGAUGCAGGAACCACACCUUCCCAACCCACGAAAAAUCAGCAAUGUAGCUAUGAAAGGUGACUCGGGACAUCCCUCACUACAGAAUCGAACAGUCCUGGGUGUCUAUUUUGGGUAUCAUGCAAUGGCUGAGAUUUUUGACAUAGAGGAACUGGGAUGUCCAAUUGAGUAUUUAAAUAUUGAAGUACCAGCUGGAGAUGAGAUCUUUGAUCCAGACAGCACUGGUAAAUCAGUUCUUCCAUACAGGAGAAGUAAAUGGUAUAAACAUAGUGGAAGCAGCCCAAAUAAUCCCCGGAACCAGAUAAACUCUGCAACAGCAUGGAUUGAUGGCAGUUACAUAUACGGGCACUGCCACUCCUGGUGUGAUGCUUUGAGAAGUUUCUCUGGUGGGAAACUAGAAUCUGGUUUGGAUCCAUUAUUUCCAAAGGAAGCAGAUGAUAGUGUUAAUAUGUGGAGACCAGUGCACCCUUCUCAAGAGAAUAAAAGAUCUGGGGGAUUUUAUGGAUUGGGUCAUUCUAGGGCCAAUGAAAACCCAUUUCUUCAAGCGGAGAGUAUUGUUUGGUUUCGAUACCAUAACUACCUAGCCGAUAAAUUUGCUAGAACACAUCCACAAUGGUCAGAUGAAGACUUGUUUCACCAUGCUAGGAAAUGGGUAAUUGCCACAUUCCAGAAUAUUGUAAUGUAUGAAUGGUUACCUAUAUUUUUCCAAAAACAAGUACCCCCCUUUGAGGGCUAUAAUCAGCAUGUGGACUCAAGUCUUACCAAUGAAUUUCAAGUUGUUCUACAAUUUAUAUCAUCUUUAGUGCCAUCAGGUAUUUAUACCAGAAAUAAGACAUGUGAUUUUCAAAAUGUUACUGACUCAUUCGGUGGCUCAUGGCCAGUCUACCGCUUGUGUGACAACUACUGGAGACGAGAGAAUCCAAACAUGCAGACACCACACCAUGUUGAUUCCCUUCUUUUUGGAAUGGCUUCCCAGAUUGCUGAGAAAGAAGAUAAUGUUGUGGUUGAAGAUUUAAGAGAUUAUUGGUAUGGAUCUCUGAAAUACACCCGAGCUGACUACAUUUCCUUCAGCAUCCAACGAGGAAGAGACUUUGGGCUUUGUAGCUAUAACAAUGCAAGAGAAUACUUUGGACUUAAACCUUUUACAAGCUGGCAUGACAUUAAUCCAGAGCUCUAUCAGAAAAACACACAGCUGUUUCAUGAUGUAGCCACAUUGUAUGGCAAUGACAUUAAAAAGCUGGAGCUUCUUCCGGGUGUCAUGUUGGAGGGUUAUAGAAAUCCGGGCAACCUACUCACGGCCAUUGCUAUGGACCAGUUCCAGCGAUUACGAAAUGGAGACAGGUUUUGGUUUGAAAACACAAGAAAUGGGCUAUUUAAUGUUGAUGAAAUAGCAAAGAUCAAGAAUACUUCAUUUCAUGAUGUCAUUUUAGCAGUUACCUCUGCAGAAGUUGGAGAUAUUCAGAAGAAAGUAUUCACUUGGCUUGAAGGUGACCCGUGCCCUCAACCAGAGCAAAUAUCUUCUGCAAAUCUGCCCCCUUGUGCUCCUCUAACUACUAUUGACUACUUUGAAGGCAGUCUGUUUGGAUACAGCAGUAUUAUUGUUAUUAUUUGUUCUUUUCCACUAGUUAGUUUUUUCAUUGCUUUGGCUGUUGCUCAGUCACGUAAAAGAACAGUUAAGAAAAUCCAGAGCACACAGUCUCUAUCUAGUAUGAAAAAGGUGUUAUCUGCUGAAGGAAUUGAAGCUCAAGAGUGGCAAGGACGUAAUGAACCAUUGAGUGCUGUCCUCUUACAAAUCCAUCCGCAACAAGUGAUCAAACUUUUGGACAGUCGUUGCACAGUAAUUCGAACCAUAAGUCUGCAGAACCAUAGAACGUUUACUGUAAUUCAGUCUAAUAACCAUGGUUGCAAAACACUACUGUUCAAGGUGCCCAAGGAAUAUGAUAUGGUGCUGUAUUUCUAUAGUGAGGAGGAAUGUACAAGUUUUAUAAAUCAGCUACAAGAAAGUGGAUUUCCACUUACUGAGAGCAAAAUGGAUGAAGAAAGCCUGCUCAAUCAAGCUGUUACUAAAAAACAGAGAAGCCAGAUACUGGAAACCUUUUUCAGACAUUCUUUUGCUCAAGUUCUUCACAUUGAUCAGUCAGGCAUUGAAGGCUUCACAGCAGGAAGUUCAGAGAAGGUGAGAGAGGCUCUUAAAUGUGAACUGAGCAGAACAGAGUUUGCAGAUUCUCUGGGACUUAAGCCACAUUCAAUGUUUGUGGAGUCGAUGUUCUCUCUUGCAGAUGAAGAUGGAAAUGGAUAUCUUUCUUUCAGGGAGUUCCUAAACAUAUUAUUGACAUUAAUGAAAGGUUCACCUGAGGAAAAAUCCAAAUUAAUGUUUACUAUGUAUGAUAUUGAUGGGAAUGGUUUUCUUUCGAAGGAAGAGUUUUUUACAAUGCUAAAGUCUUUCAUUGAAAUAUCCAACAACUGCCUCUCUAAAGACCAAGCAGAGCAAGUGAUAGAAGUUAUGUUUACGGAGGCAGGAUUCCAGAAUAAGAGCGAGCUGACUUGGGAAGAUUUCCAUUAUCUCCUCAGAGACCAUGACAAAGAACUGCGUUUUACAAAGCUACGUUUUAAGGGUAUGGAUGGCUCUGAGGUCUUCAAUCAGAUGUGCAGAAGAGUGUCUCUUGUUGACAGGCAAAGGCAAAAAGAAAGAGUACGUAUUUUGUCAUCACUUUCUAGCAACACAUUAAAAGAACAGAAUUUAUACACAGAGGCCAAAAAAGAACAAUACCAGAGAAGCAAAUUUCAUCAGAAAAUACAGGAAUUUAAGCGUUUUAUUGAGAACUACCGUCGUCACAUUGUCUGCGUGGUGAUAUUCUAUGGAAUUUCUGCUUGGCUGUUCCUUGAGAGAGCUUACCAUUAUGCUUUUGAGUCUCAGCACAUAGGCAUUGCUGAAGUAACUCUGCCUGCUAUCAUUAUAUCCCGAGGUACAGCAGCAAGCAUCUCUUUUAUGUUUUCAUACAUCCUGCUCACUAUGUGCCGCAAUCUUAUCACUUUUCUGAGGGAGACCUUUCUAAAUCAAUAUAUCCCUUUUGAUGCCGCAGUGGAAUUUCAUCGACUUAUUGCUAAAUCUGCUCUUAUAUUAACAGUUUUCCACAGUGUGGGUCAUGCAGUAAACAUUUAUAUGUUUUCCAUCACUCCACUUAGUACCUUAUCCUGCAUAUUUCCUAAAGUUUUCUUCAAUGAUGGGUCUGAAAUUCCAAAUAAAUAUUAUUGGUGGUUUUUCCAGACAAUACCUGGGAUCACUGGUAUUAUUCUCCUGGCAAUCCUCGCUUUGAUAUAUGUUUUUUCUUCCCACCGCUUCCGACGCAUCAGCUUUCGUGGAUUUUGGUUGACUCAUCACUUGUAUAUAUUGAUGUAUCUAUUGGCUAUCCUUCAUGGCAGCUUUGGACUUUUGCAGCAACCCCAAUUUCAUGUCUUUCUCUCAGUUCCAGCUAUCAUUUUUAUUGGAGACAGUUUAUUAAGUCUGAGCAGGAAGAAGAGAGAAAUCAGUGUAAUAAAAGCGGAACUCCUUCCAUCAGAUGUCACUUUCCUCAGGUUUCAGCGCCCCCAUGAUUUCGAAUACAAGUCUGGACAGUGGGUGAGAAUUGCCUGCUUGACUCUAGGGACAAACGAAUACCAUCCUUUCACAUUAACCAGUGCUCCACAUGAGGACACUCUAAGCUUGCACAUCAGAGCUGCAGGGCCCUGGACCACCCGCCUGCGAGAGCUGUACUCUCAGCAGAGUGUCACUGACCUCAGUGGGUAUCCAAAGAUAUAUUUAGAUGGACCCUUUGGUGAAGGACACCAAGAAUGGAACAAAUUUCAAGUUUCAGUCCUGGUUGGAGGAGGAAUCGGAGUCACCCCCUUUUCUUCUAUUCUGAAAGAUUUGGUGUUCAAAUCAUCUGUGAAUUCUAAGAUAAUGUGCAAAAAGGUUUACUUUAUAUGGGUUACUCGUACACAGCGCCAAUUUGAGUGGCUGGCAGACAUCAUACGAGAAGUAGAGGAAAAUGAUAAAAAUAAUAUGGUAUCUGUUCACAUCUACAUAACUCAGUUUGCUGAAAAAUUUGACCUUCGCACAACCAUGCUGUAUAUAUGCGAGCGACACUUUCAGAAAGUUCUGAAUCGCAGUUUAUUUACCGGUUUACGGUCUAUCACCCAUUUCGGAAGACCACAAUUUGAGCCAUUUUUCGUCUCUCUACAGGAAGUUCACCCAGAGGUUAAAAAAAUUGGAGUUUUCAGCUGUGGUCCACCAGGAAUGACAAAAAAUGUGGAUAAAGCCUGCCAGAUCCUCAACAAAAGGGACCAGACUCAAUUCACCCACCAUUUCGAGAACUUCUAGACAGAAAUUCUAAAGCAGAAAACUUCUGCAAAUGAAGAACACCAUUGUGCUUUACUCAUGAUCUGAUAGUACAGUUAUUUAAAUGGGUUGGGUACGAUAUUCCGACGGUCACAGUCCCGACAGCGGCAUCCUGAUCGUCAAAAUCCCAAUGAAUUUUGAUGAGUUUUGUAACCCUAACCCAUCCCUCCCGCAGCCUAACCAUAACCAUCCCCUUCCACAGCCUAACCCUAACCAUCCCCUUUGGCAGCCCAAUGUUAACUAUCCCCUAUCACAGCAUAACCCUCCCCUUAGUGCCUAACCCUAAAGCUAACUGUAACUUUAUUACUUACCGUUGGCAUUCAUCUGUGUUUUGUCCAUCGUUAUUUCACUGGUGGGAUUGUGACAUCGUCAUGGCGCCUGCCAGGAUCCUGACUACAUCCUGUUUAGAUUUUAGGGAUGCUGGAAAACACAAUGAGCAACUAUCUGAAUAUUGUAUAAUCACAUUUUUUAAAGCAUACACUUUAAUAUGCACAGAUAGCAAAUUGUGUACUUCUUGAAAUCGAAUUCUGCCAAAACUGGUAUAUUUUUGCUUCAUCUGCCCUCCUCAAUAUUUUGCAGAAACUUUCAUUAAUACAUUUAGCGUACUGUAUGUAUUUUAUUUACAUAUUUUCAUAAGAAUUUUUAAAUCUACAUUGUACUAUUAAAAUAUCAUCAACACCAAUAAUCAGAAGGUAUAUGUAUAAUAUAAAUGGUAUUUCAUGUAUCUAAAGAAAUGAAUUUACCUAACUAUAAUCGCAUACAGAAAAUAUGUAAAAGUACAAUCCAGUUAAAAUAGAAACAUAACGCGGGGGAAUUCAAUCGAUGCAAAGUUGAAUAGUGCAGGGAAUAAGUGUCCAGGACUAUUCAAUUGGCUGUGCGGUAAACCUGUGACCAGAGGAGCAGACAUCUGACUAAACUAGUGCUUCAAUGCUAGUUACGGACCUACUGCAUGUGCUAACAGCAUCGUGCCUGGAAAAUGCAAGUUACAAUGAUUAAACCCCAGGCAUUAGGUGCAGUAAACUACAUUCCCAAUGCUUUUCAACAUUGCAUUCAAUUGAAUUUCCCCCAAAGAUCUCUUAUAAUAGAUAAAAUAAAAGGUUACAUAUAUAGAAAACCAAGAGAGUGAACUCUGGCCCAGUCAGAUAUGAAGGUGUGUGAAGUGAAAUGAAAUGUACAAAGGAGUGGUGGACUGAGGGCGACAAACUAAAAGACAAU